UGCCGCUCCAUUUGAAAGCAGGUGAUGGACAUUUACCGCUAAUCACAGAACCGGCUUUACCGGAGACCGGAGAGAAAGCAGCUGGAUCUGGGUUAGGCGAAGUCUUCUGUAACGAAUCAUCACUUAGACAGGGAUCCAUUUGCAUGCCUUAUUAUAAAAUAGAGUGGUCGUACAGGCUGGGUCAGACAGGGACAGACAAGAAAGGCAAAGGUAGGCAGAAUCGUGGUCAGAUAACAGGCAAAGGGUCAGGACAGGCAGAUAUUACUCAUGGACUGGUAACCAGGCAGGAGUCAAAGGGCGGGCAGCAAGGAUCAAUAAACGGGGUCAGACGUAUUCAGCAACAGGCAGACAAACAGGAAAUAACGCUCAGUAAUGUUCACCACGGCAAAACAAGUCUUCACGAUGUAUGGGUUUGUAUGGCAGUCUUUUAUAGUCCGGGCCAGAUACCGGUCACGCUGAUGCCAUUCCUCAUAGCAUCAACAGCAAGACGCAGCGUCUCCUACCCCUUCUCAGGUAAACGAGUUGCAUACAGGUCGCAAUAAUCAAUGAACUAAUCCACACAAAAAACUACAAAAGGACUACAAAACAAUGCACAGAAGAAGAAAUAACAUAAAUCCACACAAAACCAGGGGAACACAGGCCGGAAUCAUGACAGAAUUAUUAUUUACUGAUUCAAUCAGUCGUUCUUACGUACUAAAUCUGUUGACAAACUAAAUGACGUAAAUGGAAUUUGUAUGUAUUAGAAAUUAACUGACCAUCUGUUAUUAACUGACCAUUGUCCCAGCUGCAAGAUCAGAGAAAUGUUUUGUCUUACUGUGUUUUUAAAAAUAGGUAGUAGAGUCUGAGGUAAAUGCACAGACUGUCUUAUAAAUUCAAGAAUUAAUUCAAGAAAGACAUUUCCACAGAAACUCACAAGGAAACAUAAACCACUAGGAUUUGCUAUACUGUACUUGAUGCUGUUAGUCAGGCACUUAUUGUGGAAAAACACACCAAAGGUUACUUUUUUUUCCCACAGUCAUUUUGACACACAAACCAGCCACUGGGAUUCCUAUACGUAGUUCAUGACAGAUGCUUUACAUCGAUAUUUAAAGUGUGAUGCUCUCUGAUCAUUCUCUGUACCUUCAACAACAGAGGUGAAACAAGUCUGGAGAUCUGCAGUUACAAAGACUUUAUAGAUUUCAGUAUUAUUCAGUGUUUUAUAACAGCAUUUUUUGUCUUUUUUAUACUUCUGAAUAUGUCUAAUUUUAAUGAUUCUAAAUCUAACAUCACUCAGACUAUAUUACUGGCGGAUCGAGAUUUGAAAACAUUUUUGUCUGUGUCCUCAUGUGUUAUUUUCCUCUAUGUCAAUGGAGUCAUGAUCUUCACUUUGAGGAAAAAGACUGUUUUUCAGGAGGCAUCUCGUUACAUUUUGUUUGGUCACAUGCUUUGGGUCGAUACGCUCAAUCUUGUUAUGAGUGUAGUGCUGUUUGUGUUGGCUUUUUGUAGGGUUUUUGUUAUGAAAAUUUUUUGCCUUAUCCUUCUUGUUGCUGCAACAGCUAUCUAUCAGGUCUCUAUAUUAAAUCUGGCUUUGAUGUCACUGGAGAGGUAUGUGGCCAUCUGCAUCCCUCUCAGACAUGCAGAAAUCACCACCUACGGAAGAACUAACAUGGCCAUUGGUGUUGUUUGGAUGUUAAGCUGGAUUAAAUCCCUGUCUGAGAUUAUUAUAUUUUGUUCCAUUGAUACAAACACAGCAAUGCAUUUGUUCUGCUCAAAAACUACUCUCUUCAGGCUACCGGUCUAUAAGCAACUUGAUAUAGGUUUCACUUGUGUAUUUUUUGUAUCUGUGUGUUUUGUUAUUAUCUUUACUUAUGCUUCUAUAGCAACUGUGGCUAAAACAGCCUCCUGUGAUAAAAUGUCAGCCAAAAAAGCCAACAAGACUGUUCUGUUGCAUCUAAUACAGCUGGGUCUCUGUGCUGCAUCCAUUUUAGUUGGAGUUAUCCAAGAAGUCAUAUAUGUUUAUACUGACUUAAUGACAUCAAUAAAUGUAAUGUAUUUUUGCUUUGUAGCGCUUAUGAUUUUCCCCAAAUGUCUAAGUCCUCUUAUAUAUGGUCUGAGAGACCAGGCCUUUAGCACUUUAUUUAAAUACUACUUUACAUUUGGUCUCAAAAAGCAAAACAGUUGUAAUACAGAGAUGCAUUUAGGGAGAGAAAAGUAGAUACUAUAUAACUGAUGGUAAAACCUAUUUAAAUAUUAUCUAAAAGGCUUAAAUUGAUAAUGUCCUUUCAUUAUUAAGAUACAAAAAUAUAUUUCUCUACAAUUUUAAAAUAUGAACUUGUGUUUGACGAUGAGAUAUUGGAGAUGAACCACACAAAAUGACUGACUUGUUGAAAAUCAUUCAAGCAUGUAUUUAACAAUCACACUAAACUACACUUGUCACAAUUUUUUCCAGCGCAGUAAACACAGAUAUGGGAUGUAAAAUGUUUGUUGUCCAUUUAAUCUUAUACAUUAUGACAACUGCUUUUAUCACACUGUCAAUGAAUUCACAAUAGCUGAAAUGAGACUUUAAGACUUCAAUCUUUCUGUAAAUCUAUGAGAUCAGACAAAUAAAUUUGCAACCGUUAAAGCAUCUUCUAGCAUUAUGUCUGUCAUUUGUUCAUAAACAUAAACUCAUGAUGUGUUCGUGCAAUCAGCUCUUCCUUUGACUUUUACAAAUACUAGAGUUGAUUAUUGCUCAGUGGUCUGUAACAAUACAUGCACAGUUUUUGAUUUCCUCUUUUAAAUCAGUUUUGCUUUUUUUUUCUUGUCCACAUGUCUUAAUAAGAGUUUAUCCAUAUACUGUUUGACAUGACUGCUCUGCUGUACCUCCUUUCCAAUGCAAUAUGCACAAUCUAUUCAUCUAUCACUAAUUUUUAAUUGGCCCUAUGAUUGGUUUUGAUUAAAUUUGUAGAGUUGGACAUACUGUACUGUGAAUUCAUCAAGACCCUGCAUAUACGCACACAUACAGUAACAAACAAAACAGUAAUAAAUAUUACGUAAAGCACCAUUAUUGAUGUCUAUCAGCUUAACCUCAUGUCUAGCACAAUGCAACAGCUUAAUCAGGCUAAAUCAUAACAUAUGUCACCAUUUCUUAACCUAUUAAUUUGUACAGAACAAAUAAUAAUAUCUCUUUCAAUAAUACAAAAGCAACACUUAACAUCUCUUACAAACAACGUGCAUUAGCAUUCUACAAUGACGUUCAUCCUUUGCUAAUGACAUGGCAUGACUCAUCAUUUCUAUCGAGUGGAUUUAUGACCCAAAUACUCGAUUAUUUCUAGAUAUUCGCAUAUAUAAUCAAUCUUAAACAAGUAAUUGAAAAAUAUGAGACUCACUU